AUGAAAUUCUACAUCGAUGACUUGCCUGUCAUUUUCCCUUAUCCGAAGAUAUAUCCUGAGCAGUAUCAGUAUAUGUGCGAUAUCAAGAAAACGCUGGACGCCGGGGGUAAUAGCAUACUGGAGAUGCCGUCGGGGACUGGUAAGACUGUCUCUUUACUGUCACUGGCAGUAGCAUAUCAAACACAUUAUUCUGAACAUCGCAAAAUCAUCUACUGUUCGCGUACAAUGUCUGAAAUUGAAAAAGCUCUUGUCGAGUUAGAGUCACUUAUGGAUUAUCGAGCCAAAGAACUGGGCUACAAGGAGCCGUUCCGGGGUCUCGGUUUGACAAGUAGAAAGAACCUGUGCUUACAUCCAAAGGUCCGCAAAGAACGGAAAGGAACAGUGGUGGACGAAAAAUGUCGUAGGAUGACCAAUGGACAACAAAAGCGAAAGCUAGAGCAAGAUCCUAACGCCAGUGUUGAACUAUGUGACUUCCACGAGAAUCUAUACUCAAUGGAACCAGAGAACUACGUACCCGUGGGGGUCUAUUCUUUUGAAAAGCUCAUCAAAUAUUGUGAAGAAAGAACGAUGUGUCCAUAUUUUACUGUCCGUCGAAUGAUAUCAAUGUGCAACAUUAUGAUUUACUCAUAUCACUACUUAUUGGAUCCAAAGAUUUCUGAGCGAGUUUCUCGGGAGGUCUCAAGGGACGCGAUCGUUAUAUUUGACGAGGCUCACAACAUUGAUAAUGUAUGUAUAGAGUCCCUGUCCCUUGAUCUGACAAAUGAUGUUCUCCAGCGCGCAACUAGGGGUGCAAAUAACUUAACGGAUAGAAUUCAAGAGGUGAGACAGGUGGAUUCUCAAAAAUUACAAGAUGAAUAUGAGAAAUUGGUCAACGGGCUGCGCGCCCCUGAUAUGAUCGGAGAAUCCGAGGAGUUACCUCUUGAAUCCCCAGUACUUUCAAGAGAUCUUCUUACUGAGGCCGUUCCUGGUAAUAUUCGAAGAGCAGAACAUUUCGUCUCUUUUCUGAAACGAUUUAUCGAGUACCUCAAAACAAGGAUGAAGGUCCUUCACGUCAUAUCGGAGACCCCCAAUUCUUUCCUUCAGCAUUUAAAGCAACUAACUUUCAUUGAGAAAAAGCCUUUGAGAUUUUGUUCCGAACGUCUAGCUCUUCUUGUUAGAACCUUAGAGGUGACAGAUAUCGAAGAGUUUAAUGCGCUUAAAGACAUUGCCACAUUUGCCACUCUAAUUUCAACUUAUGAAGAUGGAUUUGUAUUAAUCAUUGAGCCCUACGAAAUCGAAAACGCUGCCGUUCCUAAUCCUAUAAUGAGAUUUACAUGUUUGGAUGCGUCGAUCGCAAUAAAACCCGUUUUUGACAAGUUCUCAUCUGUGAUUAUCACAUCAGGUACCAUAUCUCCCUUAGAUAUGUAUCCAAAGAUGCUUGACUUUGAGACUGUGCUGCAAGAAUCAUACGCCAUGACUUUAGCCAAAAAAUCCUUUCUACCGAUGAUCGUCACUAAGGGUUCGGAUCAGGUUGCAAUUUCCUCAAGGUUUGAGAUUAGAAAUGAUCCAAGUAUUGUCAGAAACUAUGGAUCGAUGUUGGUCGAGUUUGCGAAGAUCACCCCUGAUGGGAUGGUCGUCUUCUUUCCCUCGUAUUUGUACAUGGAGAGUAUCAUAUCAAUGUGGCAAACCAUGGGUAUCUUAGACGAAGUAUGGAAGUACAAGUUGAUUCUUGUGGAAACGCCUGAUGCCCAAGAAACAUCAUUAGCUUUGGAAACUUACCGCAAAGCUUGUUCGAAUGGCCGCGGGGCAAUUUUGCUGUCUGUUGCAAGAGGAAAGGUCUCUGAAGGUAUUGAUUUUGACCACCAAUUUGGGCGCACUGUGCUCAUGAUUGGAAUUCCGUUUCAAUAUACAGAGUCGCGUAUUUUGAAGGCCCGUCUUGAGUUCUUGAGAGAACAUUAUCAAAUAAGAGAAAACGACUUUCUUUCCUUCGACGCGAUGAGACACGCGGCCCAAUGUUUGGGCAGAGUUUUGAGAGGUAAGGAUGAUUACGGCGUAAUGGUACUUGCAGACAGAAGGUUCGCGAGAAAGAAAAGUCAGCUACCCAAAUGGAUAGCUCAGGGUCUGGCUGAUGCGGACUUGAAUCUCUCUACUGAUAUGGCCAUCGCAAACACAAAACAGUUUUUGAGAACCAUGGCGCAGCCAACUGACCCGAAGGAUCAGGAAGGCGUUUCAUUGUGGAGUUAUGAUCAGUUAGUCAAGUUUCAGACCGAACGACAGAAUAAGGGGUAUGGGUUCGAACCAGUUUCUGGCGGGAAAACAGCUGAUGAGCCUCUUGAAGAUUUGGAAGGUGACAUAGAAUUGCAUUAG